AUGCAUGUCCCAUCGAGGGCGGGGAUGCUCUCUCUUUUACACAGGGUUCAGCAGAACCUUGCGCCGGUCGAACUCAUCUACGUCCCGCACGACGCCUGGCCGCUGCACAAGGACGAGCAAACCGCCGGGAGGUCGCCAAGGCCCGUCAGAAUCUCCGUCCUCGACUCAUCUUUCAACCCACCGACGCUAGCACACCUAGCGCUAGCCAACUCGCCGAGACCGAAGCGCAGCUUCACCGAUGAGCGCGAUGGAGCCACAUCGGAUGAUCUUGGCUUGGAUUAUGAUGCGAAACUCCUUCUACUGUCUGUUCGGAAUGCUGAUAAGGUGCUGAAGCAGAGGGACGCUUCAUUGGUGCAGCGUCUUGAGAUGAUGGUGCUGCUGGCCAAGGACAUCGUAUGCCCUCCAUCGGGACCCCCCGACGUUGAUAGAUCUGCGGAAUCCAACGUCGCCGUAGCUAUCAUCGAUGAACCGACGUUUGUCGGGAAAUCCACGAAGCUACUGACAUUUCUACGCAACCGGUUGGCUGGAAUGUCGGAAAGGGCGGGGUCGUCGGCAAUGUACGAACCCAAGCUCACUUUCCUGUUGGGGUUUGACACACUAGAACGACUGCUAUCACCCCGCUAUUACGCCGCCGCCGAUGCCCCGGCAGGCUCAGACUCAAUGGAAAUCAUGAUGGUGUCGCUGCGACGAUUCUUAUCCCCUGCUCCCCUGGGGGAUGAUUCUGCCAUCGUCUGUGCCAGACGCACUAUGGCAGGCACAUAUUCUUUCAACGACAAAUCGCUGCGGUCUCUGGCUUCGUCUGGGAUCCAUAAUCCGCAAAAUGAGGACGCCAGCACCUCACCGUCGUCAUCAUCUACCGCGCUGGAUUUGACAGCAGAGGAGAGGAAAACACUUAACACUGCGCGAGAGUUUGUUGACUCUCAACGGAUACAACUCAUAGAAAUUGGGGACGCGGAGCGGACAUUCAGCUCCAGCGCUGUGCGCGAAAUGAAGAGGGUCACAUCCAGGACUAUUGACUUCACCGCGCCCUCCGUAACAAGUGGAGGCGAAUGGCGGCGUCUUGUACCGGACCGGAUUGCUGAGUAUAUGGUUCAGGAGGGGUUGUAUCAAGACUCUUAA